GCUCUCAAGCCAGCGAAAUACCUAUACAGCCAAUACAAGUCAAGAAACACAUUCAAAGUGUUGGUGUCACAAUCCCCGUUAUGUCAUUUUAACUUUGUUUCUAAUGCUUAUUCGGGAUCAAUAAGUGAUAAAGAAAUAGUUCAGAAAUCUGGCUUUCUUGAUUAUUUGGAAGAAGGUGAUAUCGUAAUGGCUGAUAAGGGUUUCAACAUUCAAGAUCUUUUAGCUAUCCAAUGUGUUCGUCUUAUAGCCCCACCAAUUAUGAGAAAAGACAAUGUAUCAGCUUGCGCUUCCACAUUAACCCGAAGAAUUGCUACCAAACGAGUUCACAUUGAACGAAUGAUUCGAAAACUUAAGAGUUUUGCAAUCCUGAGAAAAUGUCUUCCUCUAACAUUCAAAGGGUAUAUAAGUUCAAUUGUUAAAGUGGUUUCAUCAUUGGUAAAUUUACAACCACCUAUCAUAAAAACCUAA